GUUUUUCUUUAAGCAAUUUAUGGGUUUAUGCACAUUAGGUGUUUGAUGAAAUGCUUCAGUUAACUCAGAUUUUCAUAUUUUUGACAAUUUUUUUUGUUAAAUCUGAAACAUCCAAAGAGAUUUUCAAAGGAUUUAAGGCAAACCCAGAUCCCCAGAUUUUGAAAUUUCAACUUAUUCUUAGGUGAUUCUUAUGGUAAUUACUCGAUGAGUUUCGUUCGAAUUGAGAAAAAGAUCAACUCAUUGUUGCUACUAUUCAUGUCCAUUCUUCCAUAUCGAUGUGGGUUGCUAAAUUUGACUGGGUCAGUAAAAUAGGAUGAUCCAACUGAAGUCUUUAUGUGUUUGGCUUUCAAAUGCAUCAAAUCUGCAAAUUUGAAAGCUUGAUAGUAGAGUGAUGUUACCUUCCAGCUAUUUCUGGAGCUCUUUCCUUCCAUGAACAGCAAACACAAGCUCACAUAUCACCCGAGGAACCGUAAAUUUGACUGCAGGUAAAAAUUGAUUAGUGCUUGGCCCAUUUGAAUUGGAAGAAAUGUACGGGAAGAAGGGGAGAGAAUUAGUUCAAGAAUUUGCAGAGAGUGAACCGGGGCAGCUUGCAGCUUUUAAUACUGACCUUGUUACACAAGUACUUGAAGAAUGUAACAGCCAUUUCCUGCACCUCAAUUCCUUGGUGAGGAAAAUGAAUGCAAAAGCUCCUACUGAAAGUUCAAGUGCAAACCGACCAACUCAGAACGACGCAGUUUCAAAUAACGAAUCACCUGAUGACAAUAAUCCACCUGAGACUGAUAGAAGUUCCAAUCCAGAGCUCCCCAAAGAUGAUAAUUACCACGGGCUGCUUAUCCAUCAUCAGUCUCUCACUCGCAACAAGCGCUGUCUGAUGGCUUAUGUAUACAAUCGUGCAGAAGUUGUUCGAAGAUUGGGAUGGACCCUUGAGCGUGUCCUCCCAGAAGAAAUUGAAGAGAAGCUUAGUACCUCAGAGAAAGAAUAUUUUAAGAAUCAUGCUGCAACUGUCCAAUCAUACAUGUCAGCACUUGAUCUUGAUUUGGGGGUGGAUAUGGUGCCUCCAAAAGAUCCCUAUAUCAAGGUGAGGGUCCUCGAUGACAUUGGUAAUGUGGUCCUCAGCGACCAACUAGCCAACCUUGCUCGUCAUGCAAUUCUUUUCAUUAGGCGAACUGAUGCAGAGCAGUAUAUUUCUCAGGGCUUAAUGGAAGAACUCAUGAGUUGAUUCCAUGACUACGAGUUACGAGCUGAUUCUGAUAAUCAUGCUUUGCUUUUUACCCAAAACCAGCAGUGUCAGGGCAACUGAUUCUGAUAAUCUGCAGUUUGAGAAGGCAUUAGGAGAAAUGGAGGGAAUCAUUGAGUCUGAUAUCAAAAAGGGUUUGUUGAUUUUACUGACAUGUAAACUAGAAGUUGAAUUGUAAUCUAGACUUCAAAAAGUGAAUGUAUUCUGAGAGCUUAUUGCUCUUGGGUGAACAAAGAACACAAUUUACUUGUCCUGUAUAUCAUAAGUCUUCCUUGAAACAUGA